AUCUCAUGCUGAGUAACUCACCUGCUCUGCAAACCCAGGCACUUGAACAGAGGCCAUCACCAUAGACUCUGGGCACAUACAGGAAGUUGAGGGAAUAUACAGUACCUAUAAGAGACAACAUUCUCCAUUGGAGUUGGACACCUACUCUAUGUCAAAAUCCAACACAACCAGACUCAACAACCCCUCCACCUUCAUCCUGAUGGGUAUCUCUGGACUGGAGAUGGCUCAUGUCUGGAUCUCCAUCCCCUUCUGCACCAUCUAUAUCAUAUCUAUAUUGGGGAACAUCACCAUCCUGUUCAUAGUGAAGAAGGAGCGGAGCCUACAUAGGCCCAUGUACUAUUUUGUCUGCAUGCUGGCUGUUGCUGACCUGGUUCUGUCUACGUCCAUCCUGCCCAAAACUCUGGGCAUCUUCUGGUUCAAUGCCAGGGAGAUAGAUUUCAGUGCCUGCCUCACUCAGAUGUUCCUUGUUCACUGCUUCACGGUGGUGGAGUCUGGGAUAUUUGUAGCUAUGGUUUUUGAUCGCUACAUGGCCAUUUGCAAUCCCCUGAGAUAUUCCAGCAUCCUGACAAACCGCAUGGUGGUCAUGAUCGGCCUGGCUGUGGUGCUGCGUGGCAGCAUGCUUGUACUGCCAUAUCCCCUCCUGGCAAGGCAGUGGCCAUAUUGUAGAACCAACAUCAUUGCCCACUCGUAUUGCAAGCACAUCGCCGUGGUGACACUGGCCUGUGCUGACAUCCGUGUCAGUAAUUACUAUGGUCUCUCUGUGACAAUCUUGGUGACUGGUCUAGAUAUGUUGUUUAUUGUAGUGUCCUACACCCAGAUACUCAGGGCCAUCUUCAGCCUUCACACAAAGGACACCCGUCUCAAGACCUUUAGGACCUGCAGCACCCAACUCUGUGCCAUCUUAGUCUUUUAUAUUCCAGACGUCUUCUCCACCGUCAUGCACCGGUUCGAUCACAAUGUGUCCCUGCAUGUCCUCAUUCUCAUUGCUAAUGUGCACCUUGUGGUGCCUCCCAUGGUACAUCCCAUUAUCUAUGGGGUGAGGACCAAGCAAAUCCGGGACAGGUUGCUCUGGGUCUUUACUCAUAAAAAGACUUGA